UCAGUAAUGUAGCUUUCAGUCAGGUCACACAAAAACAAGAAAACCAACAUGGCGUUCCUCAGUAGCAACGAGUGGACGGCAAUCUGCGAUAAAUUUAUCAACGCCCAAAACUUCACUGAAAUCAAAUCCCGAAACGAUCCAGAAAAUGACCCAUAUCGCUCCAAGUACAAAGCCAGAGACCUUCUCCGGGAGAUACACUGUUCGCUGAAGAGUUUCGAGGCCGGUGACGGGGAUGAAGACGGCGGGCCACAGGGCGGCCACCAAUGGCCGACAGAGCAGCCUGUGGACGGCCAGCUGGAGGAAAUGUUCGAGCGAGGCUUAGAUGGCGACUCGCCCACCGGACAAAGGACAGUGAGGCUCGCGGCGGUGGAAUAUUACCUGGGCGUGAACCAUGUGGACACAGAGGAGCUGUCGGCUGGCCAAGAGCACCUAAUGAACUGCAUGAAACUGCUGGAGAGAUGCAGAGUGUCUACCGAAAACGUGUCGUUAUUCAUCCACGUCCGGAACCAGCUGGGUAUCCUCUGGGCAGGUCGUGGGGAGACUGAGACGGCACAGAGUUUCCUGGAAAUGGCAGAGGCAAUCUACCUGCGUUACAUGAAGGAGGAUGGAAGUCCUCCCACUGAUCUGGUGGAGUAUUUCACUACCAAUGAGAAGCUGCUGACACAUCAGGAAAAGAACAAAAAGUUCGAGCUGGCCUACACACACACAAUGUAUUACCUUGCUCAAGUCUAUCAAAACCUUGGUCAAACAGAGCGAGCUGCCACCUAUUGCCACAGCACCCUGCAGAGACAGCUGCAGUUAGGUCAGUUCAAUCCCAUAGAGUGGGCUCUCAAUGCCGCUACGCUGUCACAGUAUUAUAUCACAAAGGGGCGAUACAUGGAGGGUAGACACUGUCUCUCAGCAGCCACCGUCAUAUCUGGUUUAGCAGGAGAAGUUCCCUCUGAGGCUGCCGCACAAGAGAGUGAGAUAGAGAGCGAGCGUCGGGAUCAGCUCAGGCAGAAGAGAGCCGAGAUAGCAAGAUGCUGGAUCAAAUACUGUCUCAUCCUCCUUGAGGAUGCCAAGAAAGUGCUCGAGGACAACAUUGGGGAGCUGGAUACUGAUCUUCAGGAGGAGUUGAAGAGGAAGAGGAUGCUUGAGGUGGAGGAAGAAGAGAAGGGCAGGAAGAGUGCUCUGUUGUUUGGCUCUGAAGACACUUUUGACUCGAUUGCGAGCUUGGAGGAGACGGUGAGCUGCUUGCUGCCGCUGGACUUCACCGAGGCCAGGAAUGUAUUUCUGGUGGGACAGAACUAUGUCACACAGGCUAAGGAGUACUUCCAGAUGGACGGUUAUGUAACGGAUCACGUUGAAAUCCUGCAGGAUCACAGCUCUCUCUUCAGGUCUCUGGCCUUUUUUGAAGAGGACGUCGAGCGACGCUGCAAGAUGCACAAACGGCGUGUUGACAUGCUGGAGACCAUCUGCCUUGAACUGCAUGCCCAGUACUACCUCAUGAUCCGCAGACAGUUGAUGUUUGAGCUGGCUGAGACCUACAAUGAAAUGAUGGACCUCAAACUGACUCUGGCCAACAGACAGGCUGACACACAAUCUCUCGAUAGCCACACUAUAAAGAAGUUCAACAGCCUCUGCUCUGCCUCCACCAAGUACUUCCAGAUGUUCCUGGAUUCUCUGCGCUCUCCAGAAGGGAAAUUUCCUGAGCACCUGGAGAAGGAGGUGCUCAGACCGGCACUAGUGGCGCGCUUCCGAGUGGCCCGACUGCACAGCCGCCUGAUUUGCUCUCUCCCGCUUACUCAGCUGGACAACCUUAACAACUCACUGGAAAACUACAAAUACGUCGUUCAGUACUGCGAAGCCCACCCUGAAGCCGCCGCCGUCGUGGAGUCGGAGCUGGAACUCAGUAAGGAGAUGGUCGGCCUCCUUCCUCUUAAAAUCAACCGCCUCAAAGCGAGGAUGGCUGCUAACAACUGAAUUACGGACAAAAAACAGCAAAGAAAUUUAUCAUUCAUCGUUUGUGCCGUGUGUGCAUGGAAUGUGCAGUCCAGUGAAUGAUCACAUGCAAAGAGUAAAUGUUUCCUUCACUAUAACCUUGCACACAUGUACAAUUAAAGGGGGACAUUAUUUGUUGUGGCUUGCCAUUGGCCACGCAUUAUGCGGUGACGGGAUGAGGCCUGGCACACUGCAUGAGAAAUCCGAUCUUAAAAUGAGCCAAUUCCAGCAUGGCAAGCGUGGGAGCUGUUUGAAAUGAUGAAAAUACAUGUCUCCUUUUAACAUAAACUAUAGCCUAACCUUUACAAAUAACACUAGUCGAAAGUCACACCAUAACAACUUCAUGUAUAUAACUGGAUUUAUUUAAGUCUUCUUUUGUCAUCAUGAUUGAGGGGAAAAAAACUAGACCAAUUAAUCAGUCGGCCUUUUUUGAAUCAAUAUUUACCUUUUUCAAAAUAAUCAUGCAGUUUUGUUUUAAUUUCUCAUAAAACAGCCAUAAUCAAAAGGUAAAUUCAUCAGUUAAAAAUAAUCAAUAAAAUCGUUUUUUUGGGCCACUUUGAACAACAAAUUGCAGGCAGAAUAGUUGACUGGUUUGCAAUAUGCUGUCCUUUAGUAUUUAUUUCACUUUAUAACAGAGAGGAAUUUUUGACUACAAAGCAUUAAACGAAUCGACGGAUUAAUUGGUUCAUAUUUUUUCUGCAAACUAUCGCAAUCAGCGUUGUGCGAAAAAAAAAAAGUCAGACCUUAGUCACGAUCAAUGACUUGAUGUGCCCUUCUCUUACACUUUCUCUGCUUUUUGAUGAACGACUUUGAGGGUCAAACACUCUACACCGGUGUUCUCUACUUAUGUGAUGCUCGGAGCGAUGUAAAAUAGUUGAAAGCCUUCCUACAUUUUGCGUUUUCAGACUUCAUGAUGUGUCUCCCCCCCUACCCCCAUCUAAUAGUAUCAUGUUGAUGUACAUAAUGUGUGCAAUGAUAAUAAAUAAUACAUACACGAA